AUGAGUUUCGAAAAGUCCCACGUUUUAAAGCUAUACUGCCAUAGGCUAGCAAAGUCACUCGUACCGAGAGAGCUAGGGGAGGAAUACAUCAACAGUGUUGCCGAUGACUUGUUCUCGGUAAUGCAGGGCCCUCCUCAUCGAGGAACAGACAUUUCCACAAUCGUCAACAAAUGCAAAGCCCGGUUUCUAAGCAACAACUUCAAAGAAGAAUGGGCGCAGUUCCAAAAUAUCCUACAUUCACUAACCGGGAUGAAGACGCUAGACCAGAUAGCCAACUAUCUUGUCUUUUUGGACGCUUUAAGAGGCGAGGACAUGGUGCCUGAGCUUCGAGGGACGACUGCAUCACAACACGUGCCGCGGAUACAGCUGAGAAGCGGCAAGACCUUGGCGCAGCUCAUUAAGCCCUACUACGAUUCGCUUCCCGAGAAGGAAAUCUUAACGUAUCUUCCGUAUACUCUCCGAGGCAUGGACUCCAAAUUGGUGACUUUUGUCGACAAUUACAGACAGUUGGAAAUCCCCCUGACGAUCAAUGAAAGUUACAGCGGUAUGCUAAGACAACUUUUCGAGUAUGCAUUGUUGUUCAAGCAAUUGUCGCUUCUAGUCGAGCAAGAUCGAGCUAACCUCAGUCUGGCGGUGCAUUCGGCGUUUGUAGCGUUGAUUGAAGAAGCUCUCAAGAGUUAUUCAAGUUUCUUGAAUGAGAUUUUCACGAGACUGCCGUCGUCGAUUUUGUCAGUUUACGUUGACUUGUCUCCCUGGCUACCAAAAUUGAGGUUUUUAUAUCGAAUGGCGCUCAGAUUGGGGUCUCUAGAUGGGUUUGGAUUCCUCACUUAUGUCUACAAGUUCACCAAGUUUGGAGACGACAAUAUCCUGGUUAUAGCAAAAAAGGCAUUUGGAGCGAUGCUGCUACCGUAUUUCAAGAUUGUCGAGUCCUGGUGUGUCAAGGGCGACUUGGUGGAUGACCACAAUGAGUUUUUCGUUUCUUUCGAUCUGACGCAAACAAAAUUCAACAAUAUCAUCGUUUACCAUCGAGAUAAAGUACCGGAAUUUAUCCAAAACUUUAGCGAAAAAGUAUUUCAAAUCGGGAAAACAUUAAUUUUUUUGAAUCGAUACUGCCGCGAAUUGGAGUGGAUCAACCAGUUCUAUGUCAAGUAUUCGACAAAGUUGUUUGCACCAGGUCGUAAUGGCCUAGUCUCUAUGAAUGAAAAUGUAAAAAUGAGUUUCAUAGACGAGGCUUUCGAUGAAGUCUUGAGCUUUUUCACCAGGACUCUUCAUAAAAAAUAUAAUUUACUAGCGCACUUGAUCAAUUUCAAAAGGUACUACUUGAUGGAACAAAAUGACUUUAUCGAGUCCAUCAUGGAAAAGGGCCAGUCCACUUUGAAUGAGCCCGCUGUUAAUAUCACGGCGAGUCAAUUGGACACGAUUUUAAAUGACGCCAUCCAGGCCUCUACUGUUAAGAAUCUGCAAUCGAUCGAUAGAGUAGAUAUGAAGAUCUUUACCUCGGAAACGGGAAGUUACGGGUGGGAGGCGUUUUUGAUCAAUUACAAGAUUGACGAUUUACCGUUUAGUUUCCUUAUCGAGGAUCAAAUCUCGGACUAUUUAAAGAUGUUUCAUCUUUUGCGCAAACUUCGGCAUUUGGAAAUGUUGUUGAACUCAAAUUACGAAAUGUACUCGAGGCUCAGCCGCACAAUCGUUAACCUCACACGGGAUCACCAACAUAAAAACAAGUUCAGAGCCAUCAUUGGGAUAAACUUGAUGAGGAACCACCUCAAACGAGUCUUGCUGGGCCUAGGCUCUUAUUUGUCAUACGACGUUGUCGAGGAGUCGUUCGAGAGUAUUAUAAUCAAAAGGUUUUUCUUUAAUGACAAUGACACGGAGCUCUUGCUAGAUCGUGACGCUCUUGAACUUCCGGAAAAGAUGGAGGAAAAAUUCAAUGUCAACAAAUUGACAAUUGAUGAAAUCAUCAGCACUCACGGUAACUACUUGCACCAGAUCGCCUACACGGAUAUUCUCAACGAGGAAGUUGUAGGUAGAAAGUCCAACAUGUGUUUUAUCUACCAAAUUUACGACUUGCUACAGACGAUCUACGACUUUAUCUCCGCGGAUCAAGAAUAUCAUGCGCUAGUGUAUGAUUUCGUGUUGCUUUCAAAGAAAUCAUCCGAAGAUUUUGAAGCGGAGGACGACCUUGAAGAAGUGUUGAGCAAGAUGGCCAAAGUGUUUCGAAGGCUCAAGUUGGAUAUUUACCAGACGGAGUUUUUGCCGCAGUUGAGCAUCUUGAAGGAGGAUCUCAACUUGAACGAGAAUACCCAGGAUUUCGGAAUGAGUUUGUAA